AUUCCAUUUUGUUGAGAUUGACAAAAUAUUUGCGAACUUCAUUCAUUCAUCUCUGUCAGUUUCAUGAAACAGAUCGAUUUCUGAUCUAAAGAAACAUCGUUACAUUUGAUACUCGCUUGGGUUUUCGAUCAAAUGAUUCGUUCCUUCGCCAUUUGAAGAAAUUCGAGCAAAAUCUCUUCCGAGUGCAGCAAUGGAAGGAACGAACUACAAACUGCUGAACUCGGCGUUUCUUCAAAGUGCGAUUGAUGAGAAAUUGCAAUAUCAACAAUGACUCUCAGAAAACAAGACUCAGGAAAGAAGUCCUUCAUUAGAAAAAUAUUUGCCAUGGGAGAAAGAAAUGGGAAGAAAGAAUUCAAAGGCUCAUUUGAGUCCACUGAACGGAAUUCAGACCUACAGCUAGACAGUACAUUCUUAGGCAGCACAAACUCUGUAAUGGCUCCUGGAGAAGUUCAGUCCAUCCGUGUUUUUGUUGCAACGUGGAAUGUUGGAGGAAAAUCUCCCCAUACCAACCUCAAUUUGAACGAUUUUCUUAAGAACGACAACAGUGCUGAUAUUUACGUCUUCGGUUUUCAGGAAAUUGUGCCUCUAAAUGCUGGAAAUGUUCUUGUUAUUGAAGACAACGAGCCAGCUGCAAGAUGGCUAUCCUUAAUUAACCAAUCAUUGAACAACCCAAUGAAUGGCGGCUCAAGAGGACUGAAACCUACCUCCAGUCUUGGAGGUUCGAAAUUCUUCCCCAAGCCUUCCCUCAAAAGCAUCAGUAAAACUUUCAGGACCGUAAGUAAACGGAAGCUAAAAAGUUGCAAUUGUACGCCACUGGAACUCGAAAGGAAACGCAGCAAGGAUUUCUGGUUCCGAUGCCAACCAUCGAAUGUGAGUGAAGAUGGCAUUUCUUCAGAAGAAGAUGACGACGAGGAGGACCCGAACACCUUUGAUAUUUCAGAAAUGUCCAUUCCCGAAAGCUGUAAUGAGACAAAGUACGGUCUAAUUGCGAGUAAACAAAUGGUUGGCAUUUUUGUCACAAUUUGGAUGAGGAAGGAGCUUGUUCCUCAUGUUAGCCACUUAAGAAUUGCGAGUACCAGUCGCGGGAUCAUGGGCUGCCUCGGGAACAAGGGGUGCAUUUCAGUGAGCAUGUUACUUCACCAGACAACCUUUUGCUUCAUCUGCAGCCACUUGGCUUCUGGAGAGAAAGAAGGGGAUGAGCUAAGGAGAAAUUUGGACGUCAUCGAAAUCCUCAAGAACACUCAGUUCCCGAAAAUAUGCAGACUGCCUUACAGUCGGAUGCCAGACAAAAUCCUCGGACACGAACGAAUAAUAUGGUUAGGAGACUUGAAUUACCGGAUAGCUUUGAGCUACUCGGAAACUCGAAGACUCAUGGAAGCGAAUCACUGGGAUGCACUUCUCAACAAAGAUCAGUUGAAGAUCGAAAGGGAUGCAGGUCGAGUGUUUUGUGGAUGGAAAGAAGGGAAGAUAUACUUCGCACCCACGUAUAAAUACUACUACAAUUCAGACACAUACGCCGGAGACUUGAAAAAAUCGAAAAAGAACAGAAGAACUCCAGCUUGGUGUGACAGAAUUUUAUGGCACGGCGAUGGAAUACAACAACUUUUUUACAUCCGUGGGGAGUCCCGAUUCUCCGAUCACCGUCCGGUUUGUUCAACAUUCUUAGCCGAUGUCAUGGUUGUAGAAGGAGGGCUUAAGAAGAAAAUGGCUAACUCUGACAUGAAAGUUGGGGCUGAAGAAUUGCUACCAACAAACCGUAGAUAUUACCCCUAACUGAAAGCUCAAUAGCUUAAUCUAACCAUUCAUCAUGAAAACGAUGAAUCGUCGAAGUUUUGCCCGACACCGAAACUAGUAAGAUCAUGUAGAGAGAUCAUAACAAAACCAGCAAGUUGAUGGUGAUAACACUCUCAUCAGCCAUGGAUGCAGAUCGUUGCUUACAGAUGCAUCACAUCAGAUUGCAGCAGUAACAUUUUAUUAUUUGAUUAUUUGAAUAUAUAUAUAUAUAUAUUCUGCUAUUUUGAUCACGUGCAGGGUCACGUGAUGGAAGGUGAACAAAUUAUUUAAAAAUUAGCAAAAACUCCAAGUUUUGAUUUUUUUGCUUUGGAAAUUGGAAGUUCGUCAAGUCAAAGCAUACAUACAUGUUUGCAUCACAUGGCUCACACUCACUCACCCAUUGGAUCUGCCUUGAAAACUGUGUUUGAUCUUUGCUGAUUAAUGCAGGCCAUUGAUAUUUUCAAACUUUUUAGAUUAAUUGCAAAUCACUCCCUUAGAGUUUUUUACUUUGCAGAUCCACCCCCCCUGAAGUCACUGUCUUGAUUAUACAUAUGAGUCUGGUUUAGAUUAAUUGCAAAUCACUCCCUUAGAAUUUUUUACUUCGCAGAUCCACCCCCUGAAGUCACUGUCUUGAUUAUACAUAUGAGUCUGGUUUAGAUUAAUUGCAAAUCACUCCCUUAGAGUUUUUUACUUUGCAGAUCCACCCCCUGAAGUCACUGUCUUGAUUAUACAUAUGAGUCUGGUUUAGAUUAAUUGCAAAUCACUCCCUUAGAGUUUUUUACUUUGCAGAUCCACCCCCUGAAGUCACUGUCUUGAUUAUACAUAUGAGUCUGGUUUAGAUUAAUUGCAAAUCACUCCCUUAGAGUUUUUUACUUUGCAGAUCCACCCCCGCCGGAGUCACUGUCUUGAUAAUACAGAUGAGUCUGGUUUAGAUUAAUUGCAAAUCACUCCCUUAGAGUUUUUUACUUUGCAGAUCCAACCCGAAAAUCACUCCCUUUAGAGUUAUUUACUUUGCAGAUCCAACCCUCCCCUCCCCCCUGAAGUCGCUGUCUUGAUAAUGCAUAUUAUUCUGGUUUAGAUUAAUUGCAAAUCGGUCCCUUAGAGUUAUUUACUUUGCAGAUCCAACCCUCCCCUCCCCCUGAAGUCACUGUCUUGAUAAUACUUAUUAUUCAUGUUUAGAUUAAUUGCAAAUCGGUCCCUUAGAGUUAUUUACUUUGCAGAUCCAUCCCUCCCCACGAAAUCACUGUCUUGAUAGUAGUACAUAUGAGUCUGGUUUUGUCAAAGCUAUCUGAUAAAAGGGUAUGCUUUGAAAUUUCCUUUAAUACAAGGGUAUGGUUUGCAAAAUAUACAGAAUACAAGGGUGUGGGCUGAAAACAUAGGAGGCAGUUGAAGACAAAAGUUGAAAACUUGUUAAGUUAUUUAAGGGAAGCAGUCCAAGUUGUUGGAGUUGCAAGACAAACAAGACAUUGAUUCUCUCAGAGCUUCACAAAAAAACAUGAAACCUUUGAUCUGCAAAUCAUUGGUUCCAAUUCUCUGCUCUUUUCUACUGAUGUCUCUUCUCCACACUCCAACUCAAGCUGCAAGACUGCUCCUCCCGUUCCCUCGGGUUGCUUCUACGUCGUCGUCAUCGCUGUAUCAAGUUGAUGUUCUUCAUCUUCUUCCUCUCACAGCUCGGAAACUCCAUGAAACAGCAUCGUCUACUUCCUCCAGCCUUCGCCGAAUACCUCGUAGCGGCCCGAAUCCAACACAGAACAGAAUGAAGCCUGAGUUGAGAAGCUAAAUCUUAUAGGGAUCAUCAAGAUGAACAAGAAACAGAUUACUUUAGUUUUCUUUUUUCUUUUAUAUACUAAGAAACAAGAUUCAUAGCUAUAGAAAUACAGUAGAACUGACUGAUAUACAUCAAGAACUUCUUGUGUGUAUGUGUAGAAUCUCAAUGUUAAUCAAGUUUUACCAUUUUGA